AAAUAAAUCGGAAGAAGUACGCGUUUCUGUUACAUCAAUCGACUCUCCUACCAUUCUAUCUAACAAUUAUUCGAACUUAAGCCAAACCAGGAGAUGAAUGCAGCUGCAGAUUAGCUAGAGUUUUGAAGAACAAUCGUCGAAGAUAAUAAUAAUGGAUAAAAAGGAAAAGGCAAAGGAAAGAAAGGAGAAAAGACGCCAAGAGAUCUCUCUUCUCCGUACUAUUCCAUAUUCUGAUCACCAAAGAUGGUGGUCAUCUGACACUAUUGCUGUAGUGACGGGUGCAAAUAGAGGAAUCGGAUUUGAGAUUGCUCAUCAACUGGCAUCACAUGGCGUAACUGUAGUUCUUACGUCGCGAGAGACAGCAGUUGGGGAAGAAGCAGUUAAAGUCUUGCAAGAAGGAGGUCUAAAUGUGUCAUUUCAUCAAUUGGAUAUUGUGGAUCUUGCAUCAGUUCAAGCUUUUUGUGAUUGGAUUAAAGAAACAUAUGGUGGCCUAGAUAUACUGAUCAACAAUGCAGGAGUCAAUUUCAAUUAUGGCAAAGAAAAUUCUGUGGAGUUUGCUGAAACUGUUAUCCAGACCAAUUACUUUGGCACCAAAAAUAUGAUUAAAGCUCUGAUUCCGUUAAUGAGGCCUUCUUCAGCUGGUGCUCGAAUUGUUAGUGUGACCUCACGAUUGGGAAGACUUAAUAGCAAACGAAAUGGAAUUUCAAAUGUCAGUGUGAGACAACAACUGGAAGACGUCGACACGCUAUCCGAGGAAGUCAUCGACAAUACUAUGAACAAAUUUUUGGAACAAGUAAAAGAUGGGACUUGGGAAUCAGAGGGAUGGCCUCAUGUUUUCACAGAUUAUUCAUUGUCAAAGCUAGCCGUUAAUGCUUACACCAGAUUAAUGGCAAGGAUACUCGAGGAAAGGCCAGAGGGUCAUAAAAUAUAUAUCAAUUGCUAUUGUCCGGGUUGGGUGAAAACUGCUAUGACUGGUUGGGCUGGGCAUGUUUCUCCUGAAGAAGCUGCUGAUACUGCAGUCUGGCUUGCUUUGCUCCCUGAUCAGUUUGUGAGUGGUAAGUUUUUUGCUGAGAGGCGUGAGAUUAACUUUUAAAUUGUCAGUGUAUACUGAUUCCUGAAUUAGCGAGGAGUUUCUUUUGCUUUUAUGAACAAGAAUGUGAUGGGAGUUCAGAUUCAAGAGAGAAGAUUGCUUCAUAUAAAUUUAUGUUAUUAACUAAAAUGCACACAAUUGAUAUUGGUGUGAACAGAAAUCUAAAAUUGAUUGCCUAGAGAUGAAAGCGUGACCUGCUUUUUGUAUUUUUGGGGUUUUUUGCCCGAAGAUAUUGAUGAAGAGCCAUUUAUUUGUACUUAUAGUUGUUUUUAGAAGUUUUGGCAAGCUUGCUUUUGACCUUUGUAAUGGAUUUAAUAAAUUGUAUUAUGCAUUA